CCUGCUUUGAAUGAAAACAUGCUCAUUGUUGUGUAACUACUGUAGGUCAAACAUAUUUUAAAUUUAUAAAUCAUGUCUUUAUUAAGGCAGAGUAUCAGAUGUUGUCUCAUAAAAAGAAUACACCAAUAUUCAUUAGACUUACAGUGUAAUAAUUACAGACAACAUCGACUAUGGAGGCUUUAUUGUAGUUCUGCAAUUUCCCAUCCAACACCGGAUGGAUCUGAAAAAUCUUACUCACCAAAAGUCUUAAGUAUAGUUGAAGAAAUAGCAAAAUUACCUCUAAUAGAAGUUGCUAAUUUAAAUGAAUGCUUAAAAAAAAAAUUAAAUAUUAAGGAUGUUCCCAUGAUGAUGGGGGCUGCUCCUGUUGCUGCGCCAGCUGCAGCUGGUGAUGAUGAAGGUGAAAGUGAACCUCAAGUCACAAAAAGCUCAUUUACUGUUAAAUUAGCCUCAUUUGAUGCUGCCAAGAAAAUUGCAUUAAUCAAGGAAGUAAAGAAUCUAAUGGAAGGCAUGAACUUAGUCCAAGCAAAACAAUUCAUUGAAAGUGCUCCUCAAGUACUCAAGGCAGACAUUGCUAAAGAUGAAGCAGAAAACAUUAAAAAAUCAUUAGAGGCUGUUGGUGCUGUUUGUGAGAUUUCAUAAGGUCAUAUGGAAUAUCUUUACUUAACAGAAACAUACUGAACAGAAAUCCAAUAUGUUUAUUUUCAAUAAUUUUUUUGUUUACAUCAAAAGAAUGUUAUAUAAAUUAGAACUGAAUAUAAAUCUCUUUUCUGCUUUGCACAUAUAAAUAUCCAUGUAACUUUUGUUGCUACUGGAAAAUAGCAAUACCAUCACAGCAUUUUUUGAAUCUUCAAUAAAAGUGACCUGAAAACAGUA